CUGUUUCGGCAGUCACCAAUGGGUGCUGGAGAGGAGGGAACAAGCAGAGCAUUGAAUCUACUACCUGUACAAACUAAUUCAUUUCUCUUUUAGAAAAGAAUAAGGGAAAGUGCAGUUACUUAACAUGGCGACGCCCGUAAGUGACCAAGAGAAGAGAAAGCAGAUAAGCAUCCGGGGAAUAGUUGGGGUCGAAAAUGUAGCUGAGCUCAAAAAAGGAUUUAACCGACAUUUGCACUUCACUCUGGUUAAAGACAGAAAUGUUGCCACGCAGCGAGACUACUAUUUUGCUCUUGCACACACGAUUCGAGAUCACCUGGUUGGGAGAUGGAUCAGAACUCAGCAGUUUUACUAUGAGACCGACCCAAAGCGCGUGUAUUACCUUUCGUUGGAAUUCUACAUGGGCCGGACCCUGCAGAACACCAUGAUCAACCUUGGCCUGCAGAACGCCUGCGAUGAGGCCAUAUACCAGCUGGGCUUGGACAUGGAGGACCUGGAGGAGAUGGAAGAGGAUGCUGGACUGGGUAACGGAGGCUUGGGCAGACUCGCAGCCUGCUUCCUGGAUUCGAUGGCCACCCUUGGCCUCGCAGCGUACGGGUAUGGCAUUCGCUAUGAAUACGGAAUCUUCAACCAGAGGAUCAAAGAUGGUUGGCAGGUGGAGGAGGCUGAUGAUUGGCUGAGGUAUGGUAACCCCUGGGAGAAGGCUCGCCCGGAGUACAUGUUACCCGUGCAUUUCUACGGCAGAGUUGAAGAAACCAAGGAAGGAUCCAAAUGGGUGGACACACAGGUUGUUCUGGCCAUGCCUUACGACACCCCCAUCCCAGGCUACAUGAAUAACACCGUGAACACAAUGAGGCUGUGGUCUGCACGCGCCCCCAAUGACUUCAACCUGCGGGACUUCAAUGUUGGUGACUACAUCCAGGCUGUCCUGGACAGGAAUUUGGCCGAGAACAUCUCUCGAGUGCUCUACCCGAACGAUAAUUUCUUCGAGGGGAAGGAGCUGCGGCUGAAGCAGGAGUACUUCGUGGUGGCCGCCACCCUCCAAGACAUCAUUCGCCGCUUCAAAACCUCCAAGCGGGACCCUCCCUCCUCCCCGAUUUCCUUCAAAACCUUCCCAGACAAGGUGGCCAUCCAGCUGAAUGACACCCAUCCUGCUAUGGCCAUCCCGGAACUCAUGAGGAUCUUUAUGGACAUUGAGAAGCUGGAUUGGGACACGGCCUGGGACCUCACCAAACGCACCUUCGCUUACACCAACCACACGGUGCUGCCUGAGGCCCUGGAGCGCUGGCCGGUCCAGCUGAUGGAGAAGCUGCUGCCGAGACACCUGCAGAUCAUCUACCAGAUCAACCAGCACCACCUUGAUAGGAUUGCUGCUCUGUUUCCUGGAGACAUGGACCGCUUGCGCAGCAUGUCCCUGAUUGAGGAAGAGGGCAUUAAGAGGGUCAACAUGGCCCACCUGUGCAUUGUGGGAUCCCACGCGGUCAACGGAGUCGCUGAGAUUCACUCCAACAUCGUAAAGACCGAUGUAUUCCGGAACUUCAGCGAGAUGGAGCCCAACAAGUUCCAGAAUAAAACCAAUGGAAUCACACCCCGUCGCUGGCUGCUGCUCUGCAAUGCUGGACUCGCUGAGCUCAUUGCAGAGGCUAUCGGGGAAGAGUACGUGAAGGAGCUCAGUCAGUUGCAGAAGCUGAACGACCUUGUUGAUGAUGUCACUUUUAUCCGGGACAUCUCAAAAGUGAAGCAGGAAAACAAGCUGAAGUUUGCUCAGUAUCUUGAGAAGGAGUAUAAAGUGAAGAUCAACCCCUCCUCCAUGUUUGAUGUCCACGUGAAGAGGAUCCACGAGUACAAACGGCAGCUCCUCAACUGCCUGCACAUUAUCACCAUGUACAACCGCAUAAAGAAGGACCCGAAGGCACCUUUCGUACCCCGAACUGUGAUCAUUGGAGGAAAGGCAGCACCCGGGUACCACAUGGCCAAGAUGAUCAUCAGGCUUAUUACCGCUGUGGCUGAUGUGGUGAACAAAGACCCUGUGGUGGGCAGCAAACUGAAGGUCAUCUUCCUGGAGAACUACAGAGUCUCCCUGGCUGAGAAAGUGAUCCCAGCCACCGACCUCUCGGAGCAGAUCUCCACCGCGGGCACUGAGGCCUCGGGCACCGGGAACAUGAAGUUCAUGCUGAACGGCGCCCUCACCAUCGGCACCAUGGACGGCGCCAACGUGGAGAUGGCAGAGGAGGCUGGCGAGGAGAACCUCUUCAUCUUUGGGAUGAGGGUGGAGGACGUGGCCGAGAUGGACAAAAAGGGCUAUGAUGCCAUGAAAUAUUACAAGGAGCUCCCUGAGCUGAAGCAAGCCCUAGAUCAGAUUAAAAGUGGAUUCUACUCCCCAAAAAAUCCAGAUCAGUUCCUGGACAUCACAAACAUGCUCUUCAACCAUGAUAGGUUCAAAGUUUUUGCGGACUACGAAGACUAUGUCCAGUGCCAAGAAAGAGUCAGCAAGCUUUAUGAAAACCCAAAGGAGUGGACCAAGAUGGUGAUCAGGAACAUCGCAGCUUCCGGAAAGUUCUCCAGCGACCGCACGAUCACGGAGUACGCGACCGAGAUCUGGGGCGUGGAGCCCACGAACCUGAAGAUCCCUCCUCCCAACGAGCCCCGGGAGGCCAUCGAGGAGACGGCCCGCGCGGUGAAGAAGAUGUGAAAGCCUGGAAAAUAGGAUCGGCUGCGCUGAAAAUGUCCCCUCUUAAUUAGCAGAGCAGCUAAGUUAGACCGCUGGCUCACGGUUUUAGACCUCCUUGGCAUUCCUAUUUUGAGAGAAAGGGGGGUGAGGUCAGACAAAAAAUGGUGCUGGGUGCUGACUGGAGGCCAAGUCUGGCUUAGUGUGGUCUUUCCCUUCAGUCAGCACUGAUAACAAAAGCUUUGUGUACUGAAUUCGCCUAGAGGUGGAAAAUCCAGGUUCAGAAAGUAAAAAGUCCUCCCCAGUUUUUUUUUUUUUUUUGUUCCAGUCACCUGGAUUUGCCAAUUAGCACAGUUCUUCAGCCAGGAGGUUGAACUAAUAGGUGAAAUCAGAUGGCUGAGUUCAUGGGUGGAGGAAACUCAUGGCAGGACUUUUACUUUCUGACCCCCUGGAUUUUCUACCUCUGAAAUUCACCCCUGAUUUGCACUUUUGUUUCUGCUCUUUCGCCCUGACAGAGUGCCUGUUACACGCUUCCUCGCUGCCUCCCCUCAGCUUGCAAACCUGUCUUUCGCACUUGCAGUCUGCCAGCGGCGUGUUUGCAUGCUGUUCUCUUCAGGUUUACAACCUCAAGAUUUAAGUGCGUAACAGGAAAUGUCACGGGUUUGCUCAAUUUUGGCGGCAAAUCGUCUUUAUAGUGUGUUAGCGCUGUGAGAGCCAACCUUGCCAGUAUAGGGAAGCCCUGCAGUGUAAGCAAAGCUAAACAUUAUUCGCUUGGUUUGUAUUGGCAUUUCUACUGUACCGCAUGACUGUAAAAUGUCUUCACAGGCAUAAAUACUGAGAAAUGUGUCACUGGAGGAAUCCUGGAACGCAACAUUCCAUUUCACAAUUCAAUAUGUCUAGCCGUUUAGCACGGAUGUUCUGUUGAACCAGUCUAAGCCAGUCAGUUGAACAUAUACAUGCUUGUUGAAUACUUUUGUCCAGCUGUGUGUGCUGACAGGAGAAAUUGGCAGGAUGUUAUUUUUAUUGACUGGCCUGCUUUGUAUUAUCUUCAAUAAAUAUUUUCCAUGACUAAGGUUUCAUUUUUAUUUCCAGUGUUUUGCAUGUUGUUGCAACGAUUCAAAAUGGCCUUAAGGAAACCAAUGACAUGACUUGACGUGAUUAUCCACUUUAAGUGGCUUUUUGGGAAAUUGGGUUUUGAGUUUGACCAAUGAUACACUCAAUAAAGAAAACAUGUUACUAAGCAUU